UAUAAACCCCAACCAGUCGCCAGCCACUAUCUGAUGAUCUGAUUACUACCUCCAUUAUCUGAUUAUCUCGGGCUCUGAUUAUCUGAUCAGGCCCCAAACGGUGCUUGAUCGCUCGCAGGCCAAAUGGCAUCUCGAAACCAAUGGAGUCGAAUGCUGGUUUUCACCACCUGCUUGUUGGCAGUUUCGGCGUUUAAUUAUGGAUUCAGCGAUCAGGCGUUUGCGUCGUGCCAGGCCAUGGACUCGUUUGAGCGCCAGUUUGGGGUUUAUCACCCGAGUACGGGGAAAUAUAAGGUGAAGCCGAUGUUUACGUCGCUUUAUAAUAGUUUGAAGGCGGCGACGCAGAUUCUUGGUGUUUUUAUCGGUGGGUAUAUCAGCAACACAUAUGGACGGAAAAUCUGCAUAUUUAGUAUGAAUCUUUAUGCGCUGGGGAGUGCAGCGGUCGUGGUGAGCUCUACCACGGAUGGGCAGAUUCUGGCGGGUCGGGCGUUACAUUACAUCUACCUAGGAAUGCAAAUGGCCGUGAUCCCCACCACCCUCGCUGAACUGGCCCCCCGAAACGUCCGCGGCGCCAUGGGCGUGCUCUACUGGCUGAGCAUCAAAAUCGGCGGAUUAGUAGUCACCGGCAUCGCGCGCGGAACCUCCAGCAUCACCACCAACACCGCCUGGCGCAUCCCGUUCGGCCUAAUCCUCGUGAUCCCAUUCAUCUGCAUCUUCCUCGUAUGGAUCAUGCCCGAAUCCCCACGCUGGCUCCUCCUCCGCGACCGCCAAGAAGAAGCCUUCCACGCGCUGAAACGAUACCGAUCGCAACGUACCCCCGAGAGUGAAAUCCACGAGGAUUUCGAGGAAAUGGCGCAGAAGGUCGCCGCCCAAAUGCAGAAGAAGCGGUUCAAGGAUCUGUUUACGGUGAAGAAUCGUGAACGCACGUUUGUGGUGGUGGCUGCGAAUUUCUUUCAACAGGCGUCGGGACAGGCGUUUGCGUCGCAGUAUGGGACGUUGUUUGUCAAACAGCUCAAAUCGGUUAAUGCGUUUAGUGUUACGUUGGGGACUAAUGCCGUGGAUAUUGGCGCGUUGAUUAUUUCGACCGGGUUAAGUGAUCAGGUUGGGCGCAGGAUGCUAUUCCAUACGAGCGGAAUUCUCGAAACGGUCGCGUUGAUGACCAUGGGUGGACUGGGAACUGCAGAUUCCAAGAAUAAACCUGCCAAAGAGGGUAUCGUGGCUAUGCUCCUGCUGUACAGCUUUGGUUGGUCGCUUGCCUGGGCACCGCUAGUGUACGUGCUGGGAGCGGAACUGCCAUCCGCGCCGUUGCGAGAAAUGACCCUCCAAAUCGCGUAUACCAUGAAACUAGUGACUGAAUUCGCCGUCACAUUCUCCUACCCAUACCUCGAAACCGCCGACGACCCCGGUCACGUCGACAUCGGCGGUAAACUCGGCUUCCUGUACGGCUCGUUAUCCGCUGUAUCGGUAAUCUUCGGAUACUUCUUUAUUCCCGAGACCCGGCGAAUGGAGUUGGAGGAUAUAGACAAAAAGUAUGAUUCCUCGACAGAUAGUGAAGUGGUGGAGAAGGUUGAGUAUCAGCUUGGUAUGCAGAAGGAGGGGCAACGACGAGAGUCGAGAGCUGCGGAUGCUUGAUAUGGAAGAGUAUAUACGGAGUCUAUGAAGAUAUCAUUUUGUGCUUUCUUUGUUUGUGCGGGUUUCGGAAUAUAUAGUCCUGUUUAGAGUAUAUAGAUGUCCUUUGAUGAUGACGAUGAUAUGAGGGGAGGGUUGAUUGUAGAUAGUAUGAUGAGUAUGAUGCGAUGAACAUAGUAGUGUGAUUAUUCUUGUCUUCAGUCGUUGGUCUCUUGCAAUUAAUCCAAUGAUGAC